AUGCCUACCUCCUCGCACGAGGCCGGAGACAGCCUUCCCUCCGUAUCCGCUUCCUCCAUCGUCGCUAGCGCCGUGUGCGGUUACCACUUGCUCAAGAUCGUCAGCUACUCGCGCACCAAGGAGGUCCCCAAUGGUAAGUCGAUCGAGUCUAGCCCGUUCCAGCUGGGAGGCCGCACAUGGCAUCUUCGUUACUAUCCCAACGGGAACAAGAACGGAGAUACCGAUUACAUAUCCGUUUUUCUCGUCUUGGAUGAUGCCGUCACGGAGGCCGAGGCCGUGAAGGCACAAGCUAAGUUCAGCUUACUCGACCAACAGGGGAAUCCUGUGCCGUCCUACACCGAACGUACCACCACCAACAACUACGCUGUGAAUAAAACAUGGGGAUAUGAUAGGUUCAUCAAAAGGGAUGAAUUAGAGGAAUCAGAGCAUCUCAAGGACGAUUCCUUCACUAUCAAGGUCGACAUCACUGUCCUAGGCUUGUUCCACGGGCAGGUGACUCCAUCCAUCGUGGUACCGCCGUCUGACUUGCACCAGCACUUAGGGGAUCUCCUGUCAAGCAAGGCGGGCGCCGAUGUCGAAUUCCUAGUCGGCGGUGAGACUUUCUCUGCGCACCGGUACGUGCUCGCGGCGCGCUCUCCUGUUUUCAAAGCAGAGUUCUUUGGUUCCAUGGAGGAGAGCACCACCAAAAAUGCCAUACGUAUAGAUGACAUGGAGGCACAGGUGUUCAGUGCUCUGCUUACUUUCAUGUAUACGGACACGUUGCCGGAUAUGAAGCAAGAAGAAGAAUAUCACAUGGCUCAACAUUUGCUUGUCGCAGCUGACAUGUAUGAUUUGGGGAGGUUGAAGCUGAUUUGUGAAGAUAAACUGAGCAAUCAUAUCGAUAGGAGCUCCAUGGCGGCCAUGGUGACAUUGGCGGAGCAGCACCACUGCCAUGGGCUUAAGAAAGCAUGUUUGGUAUUCCUCAGCUCGUCAGCGAAUCUGAAUGCGCUCAUCGAGUCUGAAGGCCUUGAGUUUUUAACCAAGCACUGCCCUGGUCUUUUGAAGGAUCUCCUCUUGUCCAAGGUUGUAGCUUGUUGA